GAGGGUCAGCGCGGUCCUCUCUUGCAGGCGCAGCUCGCGGGCCUGCGGACGCCGGCACCAUGGCAGAUGAUCUAAAGCGGUUUCUGUAUAAAAAGUUACCAAGCGUGGAGGGCCUGCAUGCUGUCGUGGUGUCCGACCGAGACGGGGUGCCCGUGGUCAAAGUGGCCAAUGACAACGCCCCGGAGCACGCUCUGAGACCCAGUUUCUUGUCCACCUUCGCCCUCGCCACGGACCAGGGGAGCAAACUCGGCCUCUCGAAAAAUAAAAGUAUCAUCUGUUACUAUAACACCUACCAGGUGGUUCAGUUCAACCGCUUGCCCUUGGUGGUGAGUUUCAUCGCCAGCAGCAGUGCCAACACAGGACUAAUCGUCAGCCUAGAAAAGGAACUCGCUCCAUUAUUUGAAGCCUUGAGACAAGUUGUGGAAGUUUCUUAAGCCGACAGUGGCUUCGGUGUGUGCUCUGCCUCGUCAGAGCCCAGCUCCAGGCACCAAUCUUGAGACCGCGCUUGUACCCGAGCAGUAAACGCCCGCCCCUCCCCCCUUCUCUACGGACACGCCGGCCUCUCCUCGUGUGGGCCGCGCUCCCCCCGCGCGGGGACACGGCGGCGCCAGGCGUGGGCGACAUCUGCUCGGCGGGUCGGAGUCACCAUGGAGCUCGACCCCCUUGAGCCGGAUGCUCCGUGCGGCCCCUGCACACAGGCCUGAGAGGGAGCAGCCCUUUCUGUCGUGAAUACUAGGACCGGCUGGUCUUCAUUUUGUGUCGCUGCUUUGUGUGAAAACUACAGCACGGCCAGGUGAAAGGAAUAAAGUCAGUACAAUCACUCGGCUUCCCGCGCGUGUGUGGUGCGGGUGGCGGAGAGGCGUGUGCCCAGGACUCCUCGGGGCGCUCCCCUUUGGUGAAAACCAGAGAGAAUGUCUGUCCCUCCUGUGCUGCGGUCACCGCCGCGGUCUCGUGGUCACGUGGUCUUGCUCUCGGGUUCACGGUCAGGUUCUCUUUGCACUGACGUGUAGAAACAGCACAGUCGUUGCUGGUCAGACCUGAAUAUGUUUUUUUUAAGGAUAGCUGGAGCACUCAAGUUUUUCCCUGCAGGUCUUUCAAAACUUUCAGAGGAGAACGUCAUCCAGCCUUGCAUUCACGCGAACCAGAGGCUGGUUUGGAGACUUUCGGCAAAAACUCAGUGGCGUGGUUUGCUUCCCGCCAGCCCAGCGAGUCCCCCCAGGAGAGCCUCGCAGGGACGCCGCCCACGGCUCGCACUUGCCGGUUUCCUCCCGGGUCCCUGCACACGCAGAGUCUGCCACUGGCGUCGGGCCGAGCCCACGCUCUGAACACCCCUUGCAUGCUUUCACACAGCUGCCACCCCGCUGACUGCGGGGCGCGCGGUCCCCACCCACGCCCUGUGCACUGGACUGUGUGCAGAGGGGGCCCUCGGGUGGCGAGGUCAGGUGCUCGGUGGCUGCACCGCAGCUUCUGAGACGCCCUGCGUCAGACGGGAGGACGUGCUUCUGCCUGCCAGGUACAGCCAGCUGCCCCCGGGGCCUUUGGUAAUGCGCAAGAGGAAGGCAUCUGGGAGGGCAGCAGCUGCAUCAGUUUACAAGGGACGGGCGCACAUCUGGAACAACAGCUGUUUGCGUCACCAGCUGGGCGAGUUGGAUAAUCCACACCCCUCUGCGUGGGCUGAGUGGGGACGUAGUGCGGCCCGAGGCUCCAAGGCCUAGUCGCUGCUCCUCCCCAGGAUGCUGGCUUCGCUGUGGGUUUGCUCUCCUGAGUAGGAGCUGUGCUGUGAGCAGGACACGCAGGGCAGAGGGCAGAAGCUGUUUGCAGCUUACAGCCGCGUGACCAUCGCUUCGUGUCUAUUCUGGAAAUGUUAGGAUUGUGAUACUUAGUUUUACUUUCUCUAGUAAUUUCUUUUUUUUGGAUCUUAGGAAAUCCCAGUCUGUCAUCAGAUAUUUUUAAAGAGGAAAUCCAGUGCUUCACACAUCUGAUUUCCACAGCUCUGCUUCCGCCAGGCCAGGCCUGGAGCCGCUGGGUGUGCCCCAGCUCAGUGCUGGAGCACCGUUCGCUUGGCCGGGAGAACUUUGGCAAAAAUACGCCAGUGCCGCAGCCUGUGUGAGGGGGAGCCGAGAGGAGGGGGGUCCUGAUGCCCACCCUGUGACUGUCCCCAGCCCUGAGUCUGGGACAGGGAUGUGAGUCUCCACCCGUGCCCUGUGUGUGCAGGGCCAGGGCCCGGGAGCUGCUGGCUGUGCCGCGCUGCGGACCUGUUGCGGCAAGUCCCCCCGGUACCAGCCAAGCCUGCCCUGGCUGGGCGACAUGAUGGGGCAGGUGGUCAGGGACCCCAGCGGGUUCCCAUCAUGCACUGGACUAGGGAACCUGUAUAGGACCCCAGGCCUGUCAGCAUCAGGGCCUCAUGCCCACCCAACAACCCACUUGGCCUGCUCCGGCACGAGGCCCCGCCCUCUUGGAGAUGCAGUUGUGACCCGUUUAGGGUGACGAGAGGCUGGGACGGCAGCCAGUGUUGACCCCACGAUGCUGGGUCGGCUCAUGCACCCUGCCAACAGGAGUGUGUGCGCACGUCCGCGCACCCCCCGCCAGCCUGAGCCUCGCCUGCAGGAUGCUGUGCUUCCUCACGCCGUCCUCCACCUCUGCUUGGGGCCCCAGCUUUGCCUCCCUGUAGCUCAGUCUAACUGAGGUGGGUUCCUCGCUGCUAGUCAUGAGACUAAUCUUUGUACUUCGUUUAAAUUACAGAUGAGGGCCUCCCCGGUGGCGCAGCGGGUUUGGGGGCCGGGCCAUGGGAAAUUGCGUUCAGGGGGGUCCUUAGCCAGACCGCCGUCUUAGAACCUUGAGGACAAGCCCAACAACUCUUUGCAUCUUAAGUUCUUUUGAGAGGCCUCCCUGAUGGCACAAGGGGUUAAGCGUCAGCACCAUGAAGCUGUCCAGUCACUGCAGCACAAGUUCCAUCCCCGGCCAGGGAGCUCCCCACAUGGCGCAGCAGACCUCCCCUGUCUCACCCGCUGCUCCCCUCAGCAGCGGAUUUCAUCAGUCUGCCUGUUCUCCCUGCUCUGCCUCUGGUGAAUCCGCUCACCCUCCCGCGCCUCUGGCCUGCACCCCAGCUCUUGUAUAAAAAUAAAUAAAUCUUUAAAAAAAAAUAAGUUACAAAUGCAAAUUUUAAUAGCAAACUAGUACAAGUACAGCAAAAU